UGUGGCGUCACCUCGGUCACAACCAGGAAGCGCCUCGUUUGUGUUUGUUCGUCCUGCUCCGAGCCGCUCCGAACCCGAACCCGGACCCGGACCCGAACGCGCCGAGGCACCGGAGGAGAGCGCCGCGGGUUCUGGAGGAUCCGCACACGCAGGAGAGGCCCUCCACACGGCCGCGCGGAGCCGCUGGAGCCGCUGGAGCCGCUGGAGCCGCGGUGUGGAGCUUUUGGACCGAACCCCGGAGGAAACCGCGGCUCUUCUGUUCAGCGAAGAGAGAACAGUUCUGGAAUUUCCCGUGACACUGGAAGAACUGGACUCCUCGUUCAAAGAGUCCAGGACAGUGUGAUGGAGUGGACAGGAGGGAGCUGACUCCUCUGUGACCCCUGACCCCUGACCCCGGGCCAUGGCUCCUCUUCCUCCCGGGAUCCGUUUUCUGGUCUCGUUCAACAGAGACCAGUGGUAUCGCGCUCUCACCUUCUGCCUCACCUUCCUCCUCUACACCAGCUUCCACCUGUCCAGGAAACCCAUCAGCAUCGUCAAGAGUGAGCUCCAUAAGAACUGCUCGUCUGUGAGUGAGACAUGGACCCCGUCUGCCGUCACCGUGCCCCCGGAACAAUGCAGCUGGAAACCCUUCGAUAAGAGUAACUACAAGCAGCUGCUGGGGGCCAUGGAUUACUCUUUCCUGUGCGCGUACGCCGUGGGGAUGUACCUCAGUGGGAUCAUCGGCGAGCGUGUGCCCAUCCGUCUGUACCUGAGCGUGGGCAUGUGGACCAGCGGACUCUUCACCUGCCUCUUUGGUCUGGGAUAUUUCUACAACAUCCACAGUCUGAGCUUCUACAUCACUGUGCAGGUGCUGAACGGCCUGGUGCAGACCACGGGCUGGCCCAGUGUGGUCACCUGCAUCGGCAACUGGUUUGGGAAAGGACGGCGUGGGCUGAUCAUGGGCCUGUGGAACUCUCACACGUCGGUGGGGAACAUCGCCGGGUCCCUGAUCGCCGGGUACUGGGUCUCGUCUCACUGGGGCCUGUCCUUCCUCGUCCCCGGACUCAUCAUCGCCGCCAUGGGCCUCGUCUGCUUCCUCUUCCUCGUCGAGCAUCCAAAUGAUUUGAAGAACACCUCGGCCCAGACCUCCUCAGGACACGUGGUCAGUAUGAGGCCCCAGAACCAGCGGAACGGCGGCGCGUCCGACUUCAGGCCUCAGUACAAAGAAGGCAAACCGCAGAGCUACGACACGGAGCUGCUGCUGCCGCGGGACAGCGAGUGCAUCCAGGUGCAGCCCGUGGUGGUCGUCAAGAGCCAAUCGGAGCCCUCCGCCAUCAGCUUCAUGGGAGCGCUGCGCAUACCGGGUGUGGUGGAGUUUUCUCUCUGUUUGCUUUUUGCCAAACUCGUCAGUUACACGUUCCUGUUCUGGCUGCCGCUCUACAUGACCAAAGCAGCUCACCUGGACGCUAAGAGAGCAGGAGACUUGUCCACGCUGUUUGACGUCGGAGGAAUCAUCGGGGGCGUCCUGGCCGGGGUGAUCUCCGACAAACUGGACAAAAGGGCGACGACGUGCGCCGUGAUGCUGCUGCUGGCCGCUCCCACUCUCUACGGCUUUUCCAUGAUCAGUCAGUUUGGAAUGGGCCCGACUAUAGGGAUGCUGUUGGUGUGUGGGGGUUUGGUGAACGGGCCGUACGCUCUCAUCACGACGGCCGUUUCCGCAGAUCUGGGCACACACAAGAGUCUGAAGGGGAACUCCAGGGCUCUGUCCACGGUCACUGCGAUCAUCGACGGGACAGGAUCUGUGGGCGCCGCGCUGGGCCCCCUGCUGGCCGGUCUGCUCUCUACAGGAGGAUGGGACCAGGUCUUCUACAUGCUCAUGACUGCAGACUUCUUGGCUCUCCUGCUGCUGCUCCGGCUGGUCACCAAAGAGCUGAGCUACAGUCAGUCCAGACCCAUCACCGCCGUCCAGCUGAAGGAGCACUGAGCCCGACCCUGGGAACGCCACACCACAACCACCUCACCUCCUGUUGACCGUGGGACCCGAGGAACAUCUGAGGAACAUCCGAAAAACUCGACUGCUCCUCUUGAUUGAUUGUUCUGCUCCGAAGAACAUCUCAGGAACGUCUGAAGAUCACGCCGCUCUCGACCUCUUCUCGUUCUGACCGCGGGACCCAAAAGACCUCGUGCCUUCUGACUGUUGAACCCGACGAAGGCUCAUUUAUGCUCCACUUUCACGCAGAAACACGCUAAAAUUGUUACUGAAUUUAUUCCAAACGUUUCUGAUGGAGGCGGUUUUCCGAUCACAUUUUUUAGAAAAAAAAAACAAUUAUUUGUUUUAAAGUUUAUUUAAGUUGUGGCUCGGGGACCAAACUCGACGCUCCAAACGAUCUGAUCUCCAAAACAUCUUCCAAAAAAUAUAAAUCCUUUUCUUCUUGUGUG